CUUCCUCGUAUCCUCUCUGGACAAAAAUCAUGUCCAGAAGAGAUGAUCUGGAAGCCAAGGGCAUAGUUCCUUCAGCCUACGAUGAGGAUUAUAUCAAUCGUCAAGAGGACACGAUAUAUCAACAAGAGCUCGUCCCUGCCCUGCCUGAUGUGGAUUCAACCCUUCCUGAAACAGUUGAGGAAGCCAGAGCAGAGCUCGAUUCCACACUGUUGAGUAUCCGGUUGUCCACUACUAGUGGCGCGAUUCGACAUGGUCGGGUCUUGAAUAUCCUGCAAAAGCAUCCAAGCUUGGCCACUGAGAAAUUUGGCUUCUAUCCUCAUCGAGGGUAUCCACUUCAUCUCAUGGCUGGAGCAUACCCAAGUGCCACCGUGGAUAUCUUGGAAGGGCUAUAUGCUCUAGACAGACGUGGGAUAUACAGAGAAGGAGAGUCCCUUCGCGGCAAUCAUCCUUUAAUAUGUGCAUGUGAGGUUGGCGCCAAGCCUGAAAUUCUGCAAUUCUUCCUCUCCAAGGAUCCAGAAUUGGCGUCAUUGAGAAAGGGGACAUCGAAGCAUGUUGCACUUCAUCGAGCCGUAAGGAGGUUCCGUACAUCCAUGGACUCGUUAAAAGAUCUUAUUGAUGCAUAUCCAGAGGCUCUGGCCUUGCAAGAUGAAAAUGGCAUGACCCCAAUAGACCAUGCAUUCAAUUUCUCCUGCAACCCAGAAACGCUCCAAUACCUCUUAGAACAAUGCCCAGAACAAUCGAACCAAUUGUUGAUUGGAGGCUCGACAUGUGCACUGGUGGACAUUUUUCGAGCUGAUCUCAGCAUUUUGGAAACUUCUUUAUCGCUCGCUAUCCCGCAAAUGGAGCGAGUGGACUGUCGCCUGUUCUAUGAUGACGAGUGCUACAACCACUCAAGAAGUGUCCUUCGACACUUGCAAAAGAGUACCAAUCUGCGGGAUAUCCGAUUGCGUCUCGACGGAGACUGUUUUUUCACGGACCCAUCCAUUGUCCCAAUCGUACAUGGCCUGAUGAAUCACCACAACAGCCAGCUUCGAGAGCUCGCAAUCAGUCUCGACUUUGAGAACGGUCGAAGGGGGCCCUAUGAAAUUGGAGGUGGAAUAGAGCUUUGCGAUGCUCUCUGGGAAGUCGCCGCAGAAAAGUUGGAACGACUGGAGCUUGAGAGUUUCUCGUUCCAAGACUCUGGUGCCUCUUUGGCUGGCCUACUCCUUUGCACCACCUCUCCCACGUCGACACUCAGAGAGUUACAGCUAAACCUUGUCAGGGUAUCAACCGAGGAAAGAGUUGCAAGGAGACGGGAAUACCGAUCGGCAGACUGGAAGAUGUUGGGAGCUUGGCGGCGGUGUCGACUGGAAAAGCUUUCUCUGGUCAACUGUCACAUGGAUGUAUCACGGUCGUUCUUGGUGGCGUUUCUAGAGGAAACAGUCCACAUGCCGGCACUCAAGGACUUUGAACUCCGCUUCGACGCGUUUCCCCAAGAGUACACCACCGAGGACAUUGACAAUCGACACAACUACGACACGGAACCUCCGUUUGAUGGGAUGUGGCACAUGGACCUCACAGAACCCAUCUUCCAGCUGCUGAGUCGGGGCAGACUGGAGGCGUUGACAAUCAGGGGACCAUUGGUUCGGUUAGACCGUCUUCUCCCUCUGCUGACACCAAACUACGACGGUCCAGGCGUCGUUCCUUUGAGAAAGCUGCGUCUGACCGAAGAUAUGUGCAAAGAACCUGUACCACUGGAAUCCAUCAAAGCGCUUGUUCAACUCAUGGCCUUCAAUGACACCCUGACAGAUGUGCUCGUGAGAGAUGAGUCUUACCGCCUCUUCAGCCGGUAUAUCCGAUACACAUCGUGCCUGAAUCGAUACGGACGGUCCCAUUUUGCUAUUGGGUCCACAAGGGCGACCGUUGCCAAGGGAUUGGAAAUCUUGGCUCACGUGCCCAAAGAGGUGCAAAUUCAGGAUGCAGUCUUCCAGCGCCAUCAGAUCGUUUUCGGCGUCCUGAAACAUGCUCCUCUGUCAUGGUGCUGCUUCCUCUAACGAGCCGUUGGAGACGAGGUGCAGGCAGGCAGCACAGCCAGACAUGUGCAUUGCUCGCUUCGCCAAUGUUGCUUUGUCGGUCUCAUUGGAUCGUCUUACCACUCACCAGCUACCGUACGGACUUCAGCUGCGAGUAGCCAUGGGUUGACACUCUAGCUAGCUAGUUGGUGCCAUCAUAAAAGGAAAACAUACGGUACAUAUCGAUAUAACUCCUUUGUAUAAAUUAUGUAUUGUGGCUAUCAACCUGCCCAGAAGAGUGCUGCAUUGGAACUGGGCC